AAGGCACACAUUCAGGAAAGAGUCAAAAAAGCAGUCACGGUAAUGAAACACACUUGGAGUAUAGGAGAAAGGAUUUUCAAAAAAGACUACAGAAGGAGAAUAAAAAUGUUUGAUAGCCUAGUGGUGAGUGUAAUGGCGUACGGGGUAGAACUGUGGGGGUGGGAAGAAGUAGAAGAAAUGGAAAGGGUACAGAAGAAAUAUCUAAAAUGGACACUGGGGUUAGAAAGAUGUACACCAGAUUGUAUACUAUUUGAAGAGACUAAACGUGAAAAACUCAGGUUGAGAUUUGCAAAGCUAGCAGCGGACUAUGAGAGCGAGGUCAUGAAGAAAGGGGGAAUUGUGAAAGAAUGUCUAAUGGAAAGAAUCAAAGGAAAAGGGUGUAAAAAUAGUUUAAAAUGUAGGAUGAAACUCCUAAACGAGUGCGGACUCAGUCAAAAAGAAGUGGAAGCAAUUAGAAAUGAUGAAUUCACCUAAAUUCUCAACAGGUGCAAAAUUGAAUGAUUCGUGGUAUUUACAACUACGGAUAAAAAAAGAAUCUAAUUCAUCAAAUAGCAAAUCAUGGAUGUCACUAUUUUUGAAAUCAAACAUCGAUACGGAAGUUAGAGCGAUGUUUGCGUUUUUCAUUCUAAAUAAUAAAAAAGAACGAAUGUAUAUGAACUUAAAUAACAAACUCG